GUCCGAGCGCUCCCUCCCCCAUAGCAGCAGCCCCACUCCUUUCUACGCCGUGCUUGGCUAAGGGGACAUUGGCCAAGGCUGGAGGAUAGAAGGCACAGGCUGGAGGUGGCAGAGGGAGUACGGCCGGGAGGACAGAAGAAAGGAGGAGGAGGAGAAGACGAAGGAAGGGAAAAGUAGAAGCAGGGGCGUUAAAGGGAAACAUUGCUAAGGUGUCUUUUAAUUGAGAUCUUCCUGCUAUCCAGACGUGAUGAGUGGUUCCCACACUGCUGUCACUCCUAUUACUCCUUGUAUGGAGGGCCUGCCACCGUUACCAAAGAGCCUAAGUGGACUUCUUAACUCAAGUGGAGGUUCGGGCUGGCGCGACCUUGAGCGAGUCUACGCCCAGAAAUCCCGCAUACAGGAUGACUUAAGCCGUGGUGGCACAAGUGGCAGUGUCCAAGCCCACCCAAAACCACCUAACCUCGAUGCCGCUCUGGCUCUGCUCAGGAAAGAGAUGGUUGGGCUCAGGCAACUGGAUAUGUCACUCCUUUGUCAGUUGUAUUCGCUGUAUGAAUCAAUCCAGGAAUACAAAAGUGCUUGCCAGGCUGCUAACAGCGCAGACUGCACAUACGCUAUGGAAAACGGAUACUUUGAUGAAGAAGACGAGUACUAUCAAGAAGCUGGAGCCCUUCAUAAGGGAACAAGGGACGAUUCGGAAGGAAACCUCGCAUUGAAUGUUCCACCUGUUUCCAGCAAUGACUGGUUACUGGAGAAUAUAUAACUUGCUGAAAUUUGGGAACUCCCAAUUACUAAUUUUCUUUUUUUUUUUUUUUUUUUUGUGAUAUUCCUUUCCAUGAAAUUUUUUUUUUUAAAAGGAAAGCGUUUUGUUACAAUAACAUUUUGCAGGCAUGCUUCCAAAGAGUACUUUGUUGGUCAUCUUGGGUUUAUGUCUCACUACAAGCAGAAAGUUUGAACUCAAGUGCCUUUAACAUCCAACAGCACUUCAGUAUUUUUCAGCGGGAGGACAGACUUUCCAUAAUGGC